CUCAAUAUAAAGCCUGUGCUGCGCUCACAGUCCACCGAGCAGCCGCUCCCCCUCCUGCAAAAGGCUUUGUGCUCGAGCAGGAGCGGCAGAACUCUCUUUGAAUACCUGUACGUGCGAUACACGAUCUGGUUUUUUUUGUUCUUGAGCUGAUCACUCGUAAACCUUCACUCUUCUUCUCGUUUAUCCUCGUUCAGGCUCACAGAGGUGCUGUCUCUUCCCUCCUCUAGCGGAAGGAUGCUGCCACUGAAACCAGCUUUCCAGAAGCGCUCGGUAACCAUAGCUGCUGCGGCCGCCUUCGAGUUGCACGGACUCAGUGCCUUGGCUGCUUUCGAAAACAUAGCCAUGAGCUUUCCAGUGGGAGCGAGUGGGCUCCGAGCUCUUCUGGAACCUGGCCCAGUGUGCAUCGCCUUAUGGGGAACCCUCCAAGAGGAAACGGGUCCAAAAUCUUGUUGUGUCGUCUCUCGUGUUUCAACCAUGUCACGGCAGUACCAUGGUGUCCAUGGGCAGAAUAACACACCAUUGUGCUGGAGUUAAGGUUGGAGCAGCAUUUCGGCUUCCCUGUAGUAAUGGCAGCUUAUUAAUUCAGCCGUGUGAUGAGCUUGACGGAGACAGGUUUGGCUCCUCACCCCUUUCAGGUCUGGUGAGACUGUACCAGAGGUUGUGCUUUUGGCAAGAGGUUUACAAACGAGGACCACCUGGCGGUUCAUAAACACAAGCAUGAGAUGACAUUGAAAUUCGGCCCUGCUCGAACUGACUCAGUCAUCAUAGCAGAUCAGACUCCAACCCCAACUCGGUUCUUGAAGAACUGCGAAGAAGUUGGACUCUUCAACGAACUGGCCAGCUCCUUUGAGCACGAGUUCAAGAAAGCCGCAGAAGAUGACGAGAAAAAGAGUGCCGGAGCCCUGGACAUGUCUCUGCCCUCCACCCCGGACAUCAAGAUAAAGGAGGAAGAGCCGGUGGAGGUGGACUCUUCCCCGCCAGACAGCCCUGCAUCUAACCCACAGUCGCCACAGAACAAAGAGAAGGAGAUCACCUCCAAGCCUGUAAUUAUUUCUACACCUACUCCAGCCAUCGUGCGUCCAGGCUCGCUGCCACUACACUUGGGUUAUGAUCCGCUCCACCCUACGCUGCCUUCCCCAACCUCUGUCAUUACCCAGGCUCCCCCUUCCAACAGACAGCUUGGGUCUCCCACAGGUUCCCUUCCACUUGUCGUGCAGCUUGCAAACGGACAGACCAUGCCCGUCCUCCCAGGCCCUCCCGUACAGAUGCCUUCUGUUAUAUCGCUGGCUCGGCCUAUGUCCAUGGUGCCGAACAUUCCUGGUAUUCCUGGGCCACCCAUCAACAGCAGCGGGUCCAUUUCACCAUCAGGACUUCCAGUGCACUCUGAAGCCAAAAUGAGGCUGAAGGCCAGCUUGACAGCAUCUUCCUCACUGAAUGGCAGCAGCUUGGUGGUGGGCUCAGCCAGCACAAUGGUGACCGCACGUCCAGAGCAGAGUCAGAUACUUGUCCAGCACCCUGACGCCCCUUCCCCAGCUCAGCCACAGGUUUCCCCUGCCCAGCCCACCCCCAGCACCGGCGGGCGACGGAGACGUACGGUUGACGAAGACCCGGACGAGCGCCGGCAGCGGUUCCUGGAGCGGAACCGGGCUGCCGCAUCCCGCUGCCGUCAGAAACGCAAGCUCUGGGUGUCUUCCUUGGAGAAGAAAGCCGAGGAGCUCACGACCCAGAACAUCCAGCUGAGCAAUGAAGUUAUGCUACUGAGGAACGAAGUUGCUCAACUUAAACAGCUCCUGCUGGCUCACAAGGACUGCCCCGUCACUGCACUACAGAAGAAAACACAGGGCUAUCUCGAAAGCCCAAAGGAGAGCUCUGAGCCCACCGGCUCCCCUGCUCCCGUCAUCCAGCACAGCUCCGUGACGGCCUCCCCCAACGGGCUCAGCGUCCGCUCGGCGGCAGAAGCGGUUGCCACUUCGGUGCUCACUCAGAUGGCGAGCCAAAGGACAGAACUGAGCAUGCCGAUACCGUCACACGUCAUCAUGGCUCCACAGUCGCAGUCUGCUGGCAGAUGAUGUCACAGCCUGUGCGUGUGACACGGAGCUAACCGCGAACUCGCAGCCGGAGAGACUGACCAUUACUAAGUCCCUGAUGAGUGGGGGCCGAUAAGGAUUUUUAUUUCUUUUUUUUUUUUUUUUUUUCAAGUGAGUUAAGGGCAGCUAUGGCGCUUCUUACACUGCAUAGCCUGUACAGAUCCUGGCCCCCAACCGCUGCCUUGCCAUUGCCUGUCCCCACAGGACGGCCGCGGAUUGAGCGCUUUUCUCGAUCCUUCAGUUGACGAUCCGUCAACUCAGAGAGUCAUCUGAACACACAGAGCCUCACUUUGAAAAGCACCUUGAAAGGUUCACUUUCAGGUAUCAGUUACAUUAACACUAAACCUCCAUGCUUGGUGGAUCCCCUUGGCGCUUUCACUCUUCCAAGUACCCCCCCUCCCUCCUCCUCCACUCUCAGCAAAGGAAAACAUAGCUCUUGGGAGGCUGUGACAUUUAGUCGUGCUGUCAAUGUAUUUUAUUUUUAACAGCAUGCUGCUUCCAGGCAUCUGCUCCCCCCUCUGCUCUAGCUACCUGAAACAUUGCACCUUCGCACAAGAAGCCUCCUUGAGCUCUGAGGUUAAAGGAAUCGAGGUUAGUCUUGUCACAUGCUAACUCCCAAGAUGCCAGUGACAGAUUUGGACAUGAUGGGAGUGUAAUCGCUGUAAAUCAGUUUGUGCCCAACGGUUGGGAGAGGGGGACGCGGGGCCGGGUGGGGACACGCGUUCCUGGUCACUUGUGCCACACUGGGAGGUGCAGACGUUCACGUGCUGCUCUCGUAAUGGGAUGCUGUAGUUGCUGGAGAAAAGGUACCGUCUCUUCUAGCAGCGGAGGGGCUGCUCUCAGUCUUCCUUACAGUAAAUUGGUGCUGCUCUGCGUCUGCUGGGACCGGUGCAAAGGCACUGUGGGAGGUACAUGAAAGGAGGAGCCAGCCCAGCAGGCAGUAGUAAUGCAAGUCCCAGAAUUCAUCAUCUGCUCCCAACUCCACUGUACACCUUAGCAAACAAAUCCCUCCAUUUCCAAGGAUCAUCUCCUUUACACAUAACCUCGAUGACCUUAAUAAUGGUGGCCUUAAAUCGUGAAUUAGUUGCCUGUUCCAAAGGGAGAGAGCACAAAGUAGUGUUUCUAUUUGCCCGGUCCUUUACCUCUUCUUCAUGAUUAUCUUCUGCUCUCGGUGAUGGAGUAUCUGUUGCUUCCCAGCCAGAGCAAAUGAAGGAUUCACAGAGCUUCCAGUUUCACAGGGCAGGUUAAAAACCCAGCCUCGAUAUUGAAAGAUGUUUGGAAUCAGGUCUGCUUUCUUGCUGGGCGGGCGUAGCAGGCGUGUGUGUCUGUGUGUGCUUCCCGAGGCUGCCGCUGGCCCUGGGCAAGCAAGUGGAGUUGAUAGUUUGGGAAGGGGUGCUUUUCAGGCUCUGGGAAGGAGCCUUGCCACAAGUCCGUGGAGCUGCGUCAGCCCUUGGUCUUCGUCUCCUUCUCGGGAGGUCCCUCCUCACCUGAGCUCUCGCCCACCUCAGGUUGCACUCGCCACUUUUGAGCCAAGUUUGUUUGUCAAAGUGAUUUUGUUUGGCUUAUCCAGACUUGGAAGGUUUCCAGGGACAGCAAAACCCAAAGCAAAGCCUGAGCAAGGAACCCGGAUGGCAUUAUGGAUGGGGAAGUUCAGCAGUUUGGUUCUUCUAUCAAUGGGAUCUGUCUUCUUCCCCUCCUCUCUUUUUCAGGUUUUCGUCAACUUCUCGGCAGUAUUGACUGCGGCGUUUCCUGGUUUGGUUUGUCUUGGCACAGUGCUGCUCUUGCGCGCCUCUGGUUUCUCUUGCUCAUCUUGAGAGUCGUCUUGUGCGUAAUCAGGGUCACUUCUGGCCUCGGCAGUUUGCACUUCUGGUUCAGAUCCUGCGUAGCCCCCCCAGACCCGCCUUUUGUUUCUGUAAAACUGUUUCUGCAGAGUCUGUGUGUGGACAGAUGUUUUGGCUCUUACUAUCCUGACACGAUACGUGUUUCUGCAGUGAGAGUGAGCUGUGAGAACAGGACAUGGGGGGUUUGGCAUACCUUAAAUCCGUGUGACCUGGAGAAAAAGGGGUUUCAGCCAGGUGAGGCACACUGGGGGAUCAGGACCUUUUUGGGGGGCCAGGAUCUAAGACAGAGGGUUCACAGGAGGUACGAGAUCCAGCCCAGCUCUGCUUCCUCUCUUGUUGCUGCUGCUGGAUGCAGGCUGUAGACCUGUGACAGGGAACGGCACAAAACCUUCUGCUCCUUCGCAUGGUCCAAAAAGGUGUAAAAAUGACCCGUCUUGCAGCAAAGGGAUUUGCUCUGGUCUUCAAAUCUCCUCAGUUUGUUUCAGGGGGCUUUGAAACAAGUGUGUCUCUCUCUUCCUUUGUCUGGGGAUAGCAGGAAUGACAAAAAUGUGUUGUAAACAUAUUUGCUUCGUCGCCCGGCAGCCGUUGUGUCCCUGUCCCUUGGUGCGUAGUGCUCGGAGCCAGGAGCUGGGACAGCGUGCAGGGAGCGAGCGGUUUUGUGUCCGGCAGUGCUGACUGUAGCUCACCAGCUCCUCCUAGGCUCACCAAGUGUUCAGCUCUGCAGAAAAACUCCGUCUGUCGAGGAAAAGUGUUCGUUGAAAGAAGAGAGAAAGGAGGAAUUGAGCUCUGGGCUGAUCCCAGCGCCGGUUCCUUGUUCGCUUCGUGGUGUCAGGGUCUGGUGGGUGAGGCAGAGGCGAGGAGCAGCUGGUGGCUUUGCUGGCAGGGUUGGGAGGAGGGAGCGAAGGGUGACAUUGGAGAGGCAGCAAAUCUGGGAGAGACACACACGCGGCAGUGUUAGCAUCGAAUGCAGCAGCUUCCCUGACCCCUUACUUUUACCCUUAGGGACUAGAAGUGACCCAAUUUUGCAUGACUGGAGAGCCGAGAUCGCCCAGCCUGCCUGCGACUUUGUGUCCCACAAAAGGGCUUUCCCUGCCCUGACUGCUCCGACCCUUGAGACCUCGUAGCACCAUCAGGCAUCGCGAGGUACCUCAGACCUUGCUGGUGACGAGUCGGGGGGGUGCAAAGAGCAGCUUUUUUCCUCAUCCCUCCGUGCCUCAGUGCUCCUGGUGUCAUCAGUGCUGCCCUGCUCCAGCAUCUCCCCAUCUCGGCUCCCUUCCGCCUGCGAGUGCUUAGUGCCUUGAAAAACCUGCAAUCCCAUGAAAACGUGGUUGUAAAGCUCCAAACCUGGGCAGCAAUAAUCAGGGAACAAGUGUUUGACCAUACCUUAACGUUUUAUUUUUUUUAAUUGACAGGGUUGCAGCUUUCCUGUGUCCCCCUUUGGGUGUGUUUUACCCCAACAGUAUUCAAUGCCUGCACUGCUGCUGCGAAAGCAGGUCCCGGAGCAGGUUUCAGGUCCCCGUUUCUCUUGCUGACAGCAGCCCUGCUCGAGGGAGGGAGACAAGUGGUGCGAAGCAGGAAUCCUCCCAGCCUGGACAGGCUGAGCCCGCAAUGAGGAAGCUAGCCAAAAAUCCAGCAUAGCUAACACAUCUCCCCCCGCCAGCCUCAGGCAACGGGGGAGUUCUCCGGUCCCAUCCCAGUGCAGUGGAUGGAUGUCCCAAGCCAUAAAUGUGAUUUUUUUGGGGCUCAUGGGUGAGGUUCAUCCCUUGUUGGGGUCACAAAAGGUGCCUGGCAGAGCUGAUGCUGAGCAGGUCUUAAACCUCAGGGGCUGAACGUUGCAACGCUGGGGUGGCUGUCACUUUUCCAGCAGGGGGGACAGGUUUGUUUUUUAAGAGGUGACUUCCCAGGCUUUUCGGACAGGAGGGUACAUAGAGAGAGCAUUUUUCACCAGCACUUUCUCCAGCACCUCCACGCCGGUAGAGCAGCCGUGCGUGGAUACGUUGGGCUGCCCAAGUAAUUAAAAGCCAGCUGCUGAAAAGCCAGGGUCGAUGUGGUCUCCUCUCCCGGAGCCAAGCUGCCCGUGCUGCUCCCAGGGAGCCUUUGGGCUCCGAGGUGUGGAAAUCCCCGCUGGGCACUUCACACAGCUCCAAAGAGCCAAAUGGUGGGUUUCUGCCCCACAUCAUCUCCUCCUUCCUCAUCGCUUCUCUUGGAGGCGGUUUCUUCUCUAGGUCAGCGUGGCAGUAACUGUAGAGGACGUGCUUUAGUUUCGGUGGUAGUUAGGGGUUGGUUUUGGUUGGGAAGACAGACUUUCUGGCAGGUCGGUGAUGUGGGGUCCCCCCCAGACCCAUGAGGACGGGUGAGGGUGAAGGUGGCUUUUUCUUCUUACGCCGGUUCAACUCUCGCUUGAAGGCUUUGCGGAUGUCUUUGGAUGGGGCAAAAAAAAACCCGCUGAUUUCUGCUCCAGGAUCAUUUCUCCUGCUUUUCAGAGGCUCUCUGGGGGCUGGCAGCCACCCGGCCAGCUCUGCUUGGCAGCUCGCUGGGCACCUGCACUUUCCUCUGCCAUCCCUCAGGCCUUAGCCGCGGUGCCUUAACCGAAACCCCGGUUAGUGCCGGUGUCAGUCCUGUGGCUUCCCACGCGCCUUUCCCCAAAACCCAUCUCUGCGGUAGCGGUGUUUGGAUCGGUUGGGAUCUCCAUCCUUCCUCCGUGGCCUAAUGGAUGGGGGGGAGAGCGGCACGGGGGCUCCUUGCAGGAGCGUGGGAAAGCCCUGCUGCGUUUAAAGGUCGCGUUUAGAUUGUGCUCGGGUUGGGGAGAGCCCGACCGGUGGCAUCGGCCGUUGGGAGUCGGGGGUUUUUAUGGAUCUGUCUUUGCUGUAAUGUCGAAUAGAAACAAAUGGCUGAAAAACACAUCCCAGGGCAGCCGUUCCCCUGCCCCGGGGCAAUGCUGAACCCCGGGAGGGCUCGUGAUGGAGGGGAGCGCUCCCUCCUCUCCCUCGGUGGAGACAAAGAUCUCCUCAUUGGCCUCCAAACACUUCAGGACUUGGGGGGGUUGGUGCCACCUUCCUCCCCCCCCCAGACUGGUCCCAGAUUUCAAUGGCUUAGCUGGGAAAUAUGUCAUCUUUGGACUUGUGGAGCUGUUUUUGUUUGGUGUCAUUCCCCCCCAGUUUUGUGGACAGGCGGGCUCAGGCAGCGGUGAUGCUCUCCUGCCCCGAAACGAGCCCAGGAGGUGACAGAGGGA